AUGGUAAAAAAGCAGCAGGAAGCCAAGCAGAAAUCCACUAGAGAUUUGAGGAAGGAGUUGGAAGAAAAGGCAUUUGGACUGAAGAACAAGAAGCAGAAGGCGGCCAUUCUGAAGCAGAUUGAGAGCCUUAAUCUUAAGGAGCAGCUGGAAAAGAAAGAGAAGAUGAAAAGGGAGGAGAAGAAGAAUAUUCCUGUGAAGCAGGUGAUUCCUGUGGGCGUUGAUCCAAAGACAAUCCAGUGUGUCAACUUCCUGAACAAAGUGUGCACAGAGGGAGAUGCAUGUAAGUUUGCACACGGAGAAGUCAAGAAGGUUGAGAAACCAAAGGAAGAGAGUGUACCUUCAGGGCCAAAACGCAUAUGCCAGUUUCUUAUUGAUGCUCUGAAUUCUGGCGAGUAUAACGGCAGUUGGAAGUGUCCGUUCCCAAAGUGUAAUGACAUCCACAGGCUGGUGGAUAUCAAAGAAAACGCGCAGGUUGAGCUGAGCCUUGAGGAGUACAUUGAACUGUCUAGGCAGUCCUUACCAGAGAAGCUGACGCCUCUAACUGAAGAGACAUUCAAGCAAUGGAAGAUUAGAAAGCAAAGAGAGGAGAAGGAACAUGCUAGAAAGGUUAAGGCUCUUGCAACAGGCACGAAGGGAAUAGAAUUGUUUGAGACAAGGAGAGAUUUGUUCAAGGAUGACGAGGAGGCAGGAGAACUAGACUAUACAGAGAGAUGCUAUUCUGAGUCAGAGAGUGAAGAGGGCCCCAAAUAA